AUGAUACCAAUGAUAAAGUUGCUACUGCUGUGCUUUAUCACUGUUUUUAUAAAUUGUAAAAAGUUGUCAACCUAUCAAGUACAUGAAUUUGAACCCAGCAAUAGUGAAGUUUUGUAUCAUGUGACAGUCCAUAACACAACAGGUGAUAUCUACAUAGGAGCCCACAAUGCAUUGUACAGACUGUCAGAGGAUUUCAACAUCAUUGCAACUACUUCAACUUGUUUGGCAGUUGAUAAUGAUUGCGACAACAACAAUAAAGUAUUAGCCAUUGACUACGAUAAUGAUAGGUUGAUUACUUGUGGAGGAGGAAACAAUGGAAGAUGCGAGGCUCGGUCGCUAAUAAAUUUAUCUUUAGAUGGAAGCGAGUUUGUAGAAGAGAUUGUUAGUAGACUAUCUGCUGUCGGACUCAUUGCUCCUGCUUUAAUUGGCAACAACUUGGAAAAUGUGUUGUAUGUGUCAUCCGGUCAUACCUCUUUGGAUGGAAUAGAUUAUUAUACGUAUGUUAAUGCAAGAAGAUAUCUUAAAAGAACAACAACAUUUGUACAAUUUAUAGAUGGUGUUCUACCAGAAGAUACAUACAUAAGUCAAGGGAAUAUGAUUAAUUUCAAAACUGCAUUUUCAUUUAAGGAAUAUACAUAUUUUGCUGCAUUUAGACCAAAUUAUAGAGCAUCAGAUGGUUUUGAUAAAGACAAGUUAUUUUCAAGAUUGAGUCGUGUUUGUCAUAGCAACUCAUUUGACACACUCUCUGAAGUCGUUCUUCGUUGUGUUUCUGGUGACAUUGACUUCAACUUAGUUCAGUCUAUGUCAGUAGGCCCAGUAGGGUCAAACCUGGCUACUUCACUUGGCCUCCUGGCUGGAGACGAUGUCCUCUACGGAGUGUUUGCGAAGGACGAUGGUAGUGGAAAUCCGUCUGAACAGUCUGCAUUGUGUAUUUACAAGUUGGAUGAUAUUGAGAAUGCGUUUUUCAAAGCUUUGAAUGUUUGUCUAACUGGUUCUGAGGCGGCUCGUGCUGAUCAAAGAUUGGAUUAUGCUGCCGGUUCUUCCUGUUCAUCAAAUAUGUUGAGUCUCAGUGCUGCUGAUGUGAUAUCCUACAUGUGUCCUGGUGAUAGAGACCUCUUGCGAAAAUAUUCACGAGGUAUCUACACACAAGCAGCAGUGUCACAGGCUGUGCUAACAGUCACUGACACAAUCCUGACAUCAGUCAUAGCUACAGUUGAAGAAAACCACACAAUAGCAUUUCUAGGCACAGAUGAUGGACAACUGAUGAAGGUUAAUAUUAUGAACAAAAGUUCAGCCAGAGUAUAUGAAAAUAUUACUUUAGAUGCAGGUCAAGAAAUCAGGUCAGAUACAUUUUUAGAUAAAACUUCCAAUCAGUUGAUAGUUCUUACAGAAAAAAUGUUGCUUAAGCUACCGGUAGCCAACUGUAGUCAGUUUACCACAUGUGAAGUGUGCAUCAGACCAACUGGAGACAAAGAUGGAGACCCAUAUUGUGGUUGGUGUACACUUGAGAAAGUAUGUACCAGAUUCAAAGAAUGUAAAAGCUCUUCUUGGUUGCCUAGCAACACUGCACAAUGCAUACAGAUUACAGAUGUUGAGCCACCAUUCGUCCAUUACACAGAUGAACAUGUCAAAGUUGUCUUAACUGUUGGACAGCUUCCACCAUUAAACAUCAAUCAAAGUUAUAAUUGUAAAUUUGGUGACUUUGUGUCACCGGGAAUGAAAGAUGGAAAAACGAUCAGUUGUGCAUCACCUCCUAGAACACAAGUGCCACAAAUACCAAUUGGAGAAGCUGCUGUGGAAGUUUCGUUGUCAGCGCAUUCAUCUCAAACUGAUGUUGAUUUUGUUACCACUCAAUUCAGGUUCUUUGAUUGCAGUGCCAUCACAUCUUGUUCUGAAUGUGUUAUCAGCUUCUUUUGUGAUUGGUGUGUCUAUGAAAACACAUGUACCCAUAAUGCAUCAGCAUUCUGUAGUGCAGAUGAUCAAGUAAUCCUGAAUGGAAAUGCAACCCUGACUCCAGCUCCUGGUGGUAUGCAGGGUCAUGGUUCAUGUCCCCAAAUUAUCCGUCAAACCAAUGAAGAACUGAUUCAUGCGAGUGUAGAGAAAGAAGUCAGAAUACCUGUCAAGAAUUUACCAGUCCUCAGUGGCUUUGAGUGUGUGCUGACAAUUGAGGGGAAAACAUCAACUAUUCCGGCGUCUGUUGAGAAACAUAAUAUUACUUGUUCCCAAUACAAUUAUGAUUAUGCAGCUGACGACCAGGAACUAACUGCAAAUAUUAAAAUUGUUUGGAAUGAAAACAACUUCAUUGACAACAUGUAUCAAGUUAUUUUGUACAAAUGUUCUGUGCAGCGUCCAGAUUGCAGCCGGUGUCUUUCUAACAAUACUACCAGACCACAGCUUGAUUGCGUCUAGUGUGGAGACCAUGGCUGUGUAUAUGAUUCAUUCUGUUCGACAGAAAUAAAUGACUGUCCAGCUCCUGUAAUCAAGCAGGUUAUACCACUUUCAGUUGCUACGGUAACUAACCAGCCUGAGUCUGAUUACACUGAGGUCAUUGAACUUGUUGGAACUGAUUUUGGACAAACAUCUUCAGAUAUUGCUAGUAUUAUGAUAGAUAGCAAGGAAUGUGAAAAGAUUGCAGAUGGGUUUAACAUAUCCUCACAAACUGUUAAGUGUAGAGCUCCUGUCUUCAGCACUGCCUCUCGAAGAAAUGUCAUCAUAUCUGUCCAAGGGGAACCAAGUGGACCAGCAUACAUAGUUUAUCAGAAUCCUUCAAUUUCCGACAUCACUCCAAAGUUUGGAAUCAAGCAUGGUGGUACACGAGUGAAUAUAACCGGCAUGUUUUUGAACACCGGUCGAGAUCUUAUGGUAUCUAUGGGUGAAAGCGAGUGUUAUGUUAAAAAUGUAUCUGAAACUCAGAUACUUUGUACAACCUCGCAUUAUGCAGUUGAAGAAGAAGUAAUGGUAACGGUAACAUUUGGACAGGCUACAAGAGAUGCUACUACCUUUACAUACACAGACAACCCAAGAGUGACGGAGUUUAAUCCAAAAAGCAGUAUCCAAGCUGGUGGUCGUAAGAUUACUGUGACAGGGAUACAUUUUCAGUAUGUGCAAGAAGCCAAGAUGCUAGUGAAUGGUGUAUCAGCUAAAGCAAAUUGUGAAGUUUUAUCAAAUGAGAAUAUGAUUUGUGAAAGUCCUCCCACAGAACUCUCUUCAUCAGGUCAGCGUAGCAGACGACAAGCACAUGUUGCAUUACCUUUGACCUUUUCGUUUGAUGGCUAUGUUAUUGAAUCGAGUGGUGAAUCUGAAUUUAGAAUUUAUCCUGAUCCUAUCUACUAUCCCUUCAGUAGUAAGACAGUAUAUGGACAACUUGUAGAAGAUGGAAUUUACAUACUAGAACGUGAUAUUACAUUAAUUCAAUUGAGGGGAUCAGGCAUAGAUCUAAGUGCCACUGAUGUCAGUGAUGUAAAGGUGUAUGUUGGUGAGACUCCAUGCAAUGUCAUCUCAGUAGCUAACACGACAGUUGUUGCAGAGGCACCAAAAGAGGAACCUGAUGCAGUAAAUGGUGGAGAUCAUCCUCUUGUCAUGAUUUAUCAAGGCAAUCUAGUUGUAACAUUUGGCCCAAUAAGAUAUCCAGUGAACAGUGUGUCAAGCACUGUUAUCAUUGUUAUUGUUGUGGUUGGUGUUGGUGCAAUCAUCAUCUUAUUGUCUGUUGUUGGUAAUUGGCUUAGAUUAAGGUCGAUUCGCAGACAACGAGAUGAAGCUACAGUGAAGUUUUUUACACAAGCAAAUCCCGCAAAAAAUGAUUCUCCUCCAGAAGAUCAGGUGAACGUAGUUGUUGAGGUCCCCAAUGCAGGCUACAUGGAUAUGAUUCAGGAUGGACAGCAAAAAGUACAGAAACGUUUCUACUCUAGAGGGCAGUAUGUACACAACAUGCUCUUCAAGGGUUGCAAGAGGAUUCCACAAGUAAUGGAAGAAAGUAGAUAUACUGCACUUGAAAAAAUUGACGACGGUUUGCUCAAAUUAUCAAAAUUGCUUUUGAAUAAACAGUUUGUAUUAAAAGUUGUAGAGAUUCUUGAUGAGGAUCCUUCAGUAACUAGAUUUCAGAGACAAAAUUUUGCCGCGUUGUUUUUAAUGGCCAUGCUUAAUGAAAACAAAAUUGAACAUUUAAUUGGUGUAUUGGAAGUUCUUUUGAGAAAACAUGUUGAAAAUAUGGUGAAUUUAAAGAAAAGAAAGCAAGUUCUAAACAGAACGGAGACAGUGGUAGAACCAUUGAUUUUUCACUGGAUGGCUCUAUGCAUGUACAAAUAUAUGAUGGACUUCGUAUCAAGCCCUUUGUACGAGCUUGUUGAGGCCAUCAGGACAAGGAUAGAGAGUGGCGUUGUAGAUGCUGUACAUCAUCAUUGUCAGUAUUCACUGAAUGAGAAAUAUUUGCUGCCCAGUGACAUCACUGGAGAAGACAUCUAUUUGCAAUUGAUUGUCAAUGAAGAAACAGUGAAGCAAGAAUUAGUGAAAGUAAAAAGUUGCGAUACUCUACUACAAGUGAAACAAAAAUUACUAAAUGCAAUGUUUAUGGAUCAACCUUUUUCAACAAGGCCAAAAGCUAUGCAUGUUAAAUUAGAAUGGAGAGUCAGUAGAGAAGAACGUAUAAUUUUACAAGACACUAAGGACGAACCAGGAGAUUCACAAACAAAGAAAAGAAUAAAAACAAUCAAUGAAUAUGGAAUCCAUGGUAAUGCAAUGGUAGCGUUUGUAAACAUACAGAGAGAAGAUGACGAAACAUUAAAUGCUUACGAUAAAAUCAAACAACCAACAGACACAGAACCUGAUGAACAUGCUUACAAAACACCUAGUUUAAUAGAUGAGCAUACAUACGAAGAAUUAGACGAAGGAGAUGGUGUUUAUCACAUUUUGGACCUUCAAGAGGAUGCAUACAUAGAAGUAAAGAAUAAAGUUGAUAAAUCUGACCUUGCUAGAUUAACCGAAACUAAGAAAGUUUACCAGGAAUAUGUUAAUUCACUUUUUGAGGCAAUCUUCAGCCCAUCUGUCCAAAAGCAUCAUUUGCUAUGCGGCGUUAAAUUUAUCUUUGACAUUUUGGACAGUGAGGCUUCUGCACGUGAUCUUAGCGUCAAUGAUUUGAAAAUAUGGAAAAACAACAGCUUUGCUGAGAUGUUUUGUGUUCGAAUCCUCACCCACCCUGCAUUCGUAUGUGAUAUCCAGCAAACGCCACCAAUUGGCGUCACUAUGGAUGUCAUUUCAAAGGUGUUUCAAGACUCCUGGUCGACGGAGCUCUUUAGUUUCAACGAGAAUUCUUUCAGUCAUCGGCAAAUGUUUGUGAAUGAGAUUCCUCGGUAUCGCCAAGUUGUCUCAAGUUUCUAUAGCGACAUAAAAAGUGUCACGCCUUGCAAUCGCGAAGACGUCAUCAACGAAAUUCAACCACUUCUGGAUCCAUUCAAAGCACUAUUUAAAAAGUCUAGUGUGCUGGAGAAUUUAUAUUCUUUCAUUGAUCCACACGUUGAUACGGUGAAGAACGCCCUCUUUGAUGAUGAAAGUUGUAGGACAGAUGCUACAAUGAGGAAACUGGAACAUGUUGCUAUGGCUUUAUCCAAGAAAAAGACAGCACCGGAAUAUGUAAAUAGGCCUACUAAACGACGAUUCAUUCGCCGCUGAGUAGAGAUGAAAUAAAGUGUACCUGAGUCUGACUUUCAAUCAUCGGCAAAUGUUUGUGAAUGAGAUUCCUCAGUAUCGCCAAGUUGUUUUAAGUUUCUAUAGCGACAUAAAAGGUGUCACGCCUUGCAAUCGCGAAGACUUCAUUAACAAAAUUCAAACCCUUCUGGAUGUAGUUACCACUACUAAUUAUUAUGCAAUUUAACUUUUUCAUAUAUUAGUAUAGCAAAUUGUUUCUUUUUUAGAAUACCUUGUCAUUAAUGACCAAUGUCCAGAAAUUUUCACUUUUAAACACAAGUAUGGUAGUAGAACUAAGCAUGUAAAUAUUCCGGGUUUGUGAACAUUCAACGAAUUUUUGGAACAUAUUCCUCUUGAUGUUUGUGAUAAUGUUUUGUACAAUUUUAGAGGGCUUAGAAGAAAUUUAAAACGCUGGGGCGGAUGCAAAGUUAGGGGAGGGGGUGCUGGAGUUCAGACGGUGCGAUCGCAGCCCCCUAAAUAUGUAUUAAGAAAACUAAUUGUUGUAUUGUAUUGUUGAUAUGAGUUACCGGAAAGAUUUUAAAGGUAUGAGAGUGCAAUUUCCGGGCACCUAGAUGUUCAUUAUUAUUCUCAAAAUGUUCGCACCUCAUCCUACCAUGUUAGGGCUGUGGUGGUGUCGACUCCCACGCACCCCCUACCACCAGAUUCUGCAUCCGCCAUAAGAAACGUGUAUAAUAUUCGACGAUUCAUUCGCCGCUGAGUAGAGAUAAAAUAAGUGUCCCAGAGUCUGACUCUGUGAUGGCGAGGAAUGAAGGAGAUUUGUUUUUUUUAAAAACUAGAAUGAUGUCAUCGACAUUAUAUUGGAUCUUUGAGACUUGAUACAAUUUUCAUCUAGAAAGUUACUUGCUUUUGAAAAUUACGUUAAAAAUAGAAAAUAGAGGUGGAUCACCGCACCGAGAAAAUAAAAAAGAAAUUACGUCCAUAGACUCCAAGUAUGCGUAGUUUCUUAGAUUUAAUAAAAAUAAAGCCGGCACAAAGUUUAGGCUUAUUAACAUUGCGUCUGUUUUUAUUCUAUAUAAAUAUAUUCGGAAUAUGAAAUGAAUAAUAAUAAUAUCAAUAAUGGUAAUAGGGUGCUGUUAUGAAAUAAAGAUGCGGAAAAUUAUAAUUCAUAAUAAUUGAUAAUUUGUCUCAAAUGAGAUUGUAGCCAAGUCCAAUCUUCAUGAUAACGAUAAUAAUAAACAAAAUAAUAUUGAUAAUGAUAUGACAUAAUAUGAUAUUAAUGAUGAUAUUACGCAGACAAUAAUACAUAUGAUUAUAUUUACUUUAAUUAUGAAAAAUUAUUUAGUGAUUGUAUACAGUUCAUUAGCAUUCUCUAGGUUCAUGGGCAUAGACCAUUUUGUUGCCUCUCCCUUCUUAAUUUUUAGUAAUAUGAGCACAGGUUAUACUUUCAUCUAUGGACUGACUGUACAAUGACAUGUCACUCAUUAUAUUACUGAAGCUUUUAUAGAUGAUUCUUUGUUGUAAGUUGACUAACACUUGGGUUUGAACAAGUACGUAAUUUUUAAGAACGUUAUUACAAAUUAUACGCACAGUAUGUUCAUUUAGUUUUAUAAUAAUUAUUAUGUUUGUUCAAUAAAUUGUAGGACUUAUUUUGUGACAUCAAAAUAAUAUUUUGUUGUUUGUU